CCGAACAAAAAGUGCGCUCAGGUUCGGACGGGAAGAAUAUGCAAAAAAAAGAAAAAACUUGUCACACAAGGUGAGGACAAGGGAGCGUUUAGCAGGAAGGUCCUGGUCGUCAAAUACGUAAUAUAGAGCGAGCCAUAAUUACUCGCGGUGUCAAACUGUAGUUUGAGUUUUCAUCCUAAAUAUACGCAAAAUAUCACGUCUCAUGAUACGAACUGUAAUAUUGCAAAGACCACGCGGGCUGGCCUCGCGGUGGCGUAUUAAGCGCUUGAACCUUCGGGAGAUGUUGUUAUUGAGAAGUUUCAUCGUACCGAGAAAAACUCCAGUACAAACCUAUUUCGCAUCCCACUCGCUUUCAGCCUUUCCGUAUCUAUUGCUUAACCUAAAUAUGUUCACCGCGCGCUUCUGUUCAAUAUCAAGGGAAAGAGCGCAACGAGGUCACAGCUGGAUCUCACAUUUUCACCGUAUUUUGAGCAAAAGAGUUUUUAAGGGUGUUUGUGGUCUUCAACGCUAGGAGUUUUAGUAAAACCUUAGCCCCGAGGAGACAAGCCAAAGUAACGACGUUAAUACAACAGCACCGCUUAUAAGAACCAGCCACCCAGCCACAUCCUAUUUUUCCACAAACAAAACCACUUUGUUCUUUGCUGCGCCAAGAUUUUUUAAUCCGGAUUUUUAGAUCAAGUCUAGAGGUUUAUUUGGGAACGCAUAAAGCAAGGCAUCAAAGAAAUCGGAAAUAACAGCCAACCCUAGAAGCUGCGCAUUAUCGAGGUCGAGAAGUUUACUGUUCGCGGGACAUAAGCAGGCCAUGAUUGAGGAUGUGAGUCAACAGCUCGGUUCAAUUUUUGCCGCAGUAGAAGAUCUUCAAAUGAAUAUCUUUCCGUGUGACAGAAUGAACACCAGCAUCGUGAUCGUGCCCUUGCCUCUUUCAUCGUUUUCGAAAAAAAAAUCUCAGGUCGAGGAAUCUGUGUUGGAAAUAGACCAUAAUAUACGCGACAAUACCCCUUCUGUUUUUAUUUUUUGUCGUCUGUGCUGUCUUUACUCAAUCGCAAACCCCCUGACUCGUGCCGUGCCCCACACGCUGUCAAGGUUACUUACUUCUGAUUGUUAG